GGACAGCCAACAGGAGGACAGGGGAUAUUUAGUCAUCGAACGUUGAUCAUUCUGUUUUUCCAACCACUUGAACUUAAAGUGUUUGGGUCAAAUAGAGACAGUGAAUGGUGAAUUAUGAUACAUGAACAUUAAAUAAAUAUGGUGUAAUAUUAUUUGUGAAAAAAUAAUGCCGCUGCGUAAAAUUUCAAUCAAGGAUAUUAUGAAAGAUCAUGGGCUAAAAGAUGAAGAGGAGACAACGGACGCUAGGGAAGAACGUCGAACGACUGGAAGAGCAGUAGCCACUGUGAUUGCUUUAGGUUUGAUAGGUUUGGCAAUUUAUCAUGCCUGGAUCAGGAGAACGGUAGUAGUUGCUGGUAUUAUUGUUCCUGCCCUCAUCAUGGUUCUCUAUACUGCCUGGGUUUUAUAUACAGCAAGAAAAGACAAAGCAAGAGCCAGAAAGUUGCAAAUGCAGCGAGAAGCUAUUUUGAAAGAAGUUAUUAGCGCAGUUCCCAAUAUCAGUGUUACAGAAUUUGAUAAAGAAGAAGCUUUAGCAACAAAUGAUCAGAAAUCAGAAAAUGUGAAUAAUGAUAUACAAACACCAGAAAUUGCAUUUCAUCCAGCAAUUUUACAAAAUGAACUCAAAGAACCAAAUCUGCAGACUAGAGCUAAUUUUGGACGAUCUAUAUCUGUAAUUUAA